GAUUCAGCCGCUGCUGCCGGUUGCACGUGCCGGCGACGCGGAGGGCCAGCUCGGAGCGCGGCGAACGCCGAGCAUGCCCACUCUUGAAGAGCUGCCAUGUCUGGGAAUUUUGGGUCUUCCUCGGAACAGUACAGCAACAGCUGUGAACCGAAAACUUCGAAUCUUCGCUCUGCAGAGAAGAAAUGUUCCUGGGCCUCCUACAUGACCAACUCCCCGACGCUCAUCGUCAUGAUUGGCUUGCCAGCCCGGGGCAAGACCUAUGUGUCCAAGAAGCUCACCCGCUAUCUCAACUGGAUUGGGGUGCCCACCAAAGUGUUCAACCUCGGGGUCUACCGGCGAGAAGCCGUCAAGUCCUAUAAAUCCUACGACUUCUUCCGGCAUGACAAUGAGGAGGCCAUGAAGAUCCGCAGGCAGUGUGCUCUGGUGGCGCUGGAGGAUGUGAAGGCCUACCUCACUGAGGAGAGCGGGCAGAUCGCGGUGUUCGACGCUACCAAUACCACCCGGGAGAGGCGGGACAUGAUCCUGAGCUUUGCCAAGGACAAUGCCUUCAAGGUAUUCUUUGUGGAGUCUGUCUGUGAUGAUCCCGACGUCAUCGCUGCCAACAUCCUGGAGGUGAAGGUGUCAAGCCCCGACUACCCCGAGAGGGAUAGGGAGAACGUGAUGGAGGACUUCCUGCGCAGGAUCGAGUGCUACCAGGUCACCUACCGGCCCCUGGACCCCGACGACUAUGACAAGGACCUUUCCUUCAUCAAGGUGAUCAACGUGGGUCAGCGCUUCCUGGUGAACAGAGUGCAGGACUACAUCCAGAGCAAGAUCGUUUACUACCUCAUGAACAUCCAUGUGCAGCCACGCUCCAUCUACCUCUGCCGGCAUGGGGAAAGCGAGUUCAACAUCCUGGGGAAGAUCGGGGGGGACUCCGGCCUCUCGGCACGGGGCAAGCAGUUCGCCCAAGCUCUAAGGAAGUUUCUGGAGGAGCAGGGGAUAACAGACCUGAAGGUGUGGACCAGCCAGCUGAAGAGGACCAUCCAGACGGCCGAAUCCCUAGGGGUGACCUACGAGCAGUGGAAGAUUCUGAACGAGAUCGAUGCUGGCGUGUGCGAGGAGAUGACCUACACUGAGAUCCAGAAACAGUACCCGGAGGAGUUCGCGCUGCGUGACCAAGACAAGUACCUGUACCGCUACCCUGGGGGUGAGUCGUACCAGGACCUGGUGCAGCGGCUGGAGCCGGUCAUCAUGGAGCUAGAGCGGCAGGGCAGCGUCCUCGUCAUCAGCCACCAGGCUGUCAUGCGCUGCCUCCUGGCCUACUUCUUGGACAAGGGCGCAGAGGAGCUGCCGUACCUGAGGUGCCCCCUGCACACCAUCUUCAAGCUGACCCCCGUGGCCUAUGGGUGCAAGGUGGAAACAGUUAAACUCAACGUGGAGGCUGUGGACACUCACCGGGACAAGCCAGCUCUUCCCCAAGAGCCAGACCCCCAUAAGGACGAGAAGGAACAGCUUUACGCCGCUGUCCAGUUCGAAUACAGUAAGGCGCCCACGAAAUUACAGUGUUGGGAGCCGGCCCCACAAACCUCUCAACGCCCCCCAGCCCUGGAUGUGCAAGAAGGGGCCGAGCAGCUGAAGAGCCCCCAGCACUGACGUGACACGGCAUCCCUCAGGCUGGCCCCUGUCCCUAGUCACUGAGGACGCACUCCCCCCUCAGUCCCUGCACCCCUGAGCCCUUCAGACCCAAGGGGUUUCCAGACCAGCCUGGGCUGCAGUUUGAGAUGCUGCCUCCCCUCCCCUGCCACCCCAGCCUCAGUCAGACUGGCCUCCCCUGGGGGCUUGCAGGAGGGGCAGGGUGCUCCCCUGGUGAGUGGCCGGGCUGGGGGUGCGUCACUUGCCCCUCACUGGCUCUUGUCUGUCUGGGUCCUGAGCUCGUGCGUGUCCGUGUAUGGGCCGGGGCUGCAGUCCAUGUGACUUUGGGGUGUCCCGGCCCCCAGCCUGCCCCUGUGCGCCCACCCUGGCUCAGUCCCUUGGAGGUGCUGUGUGCUGUGCUGUUGGCCUACAGGAGCCCGGCUUUCUUCCUGUGUGCUGGGCCAUGUCAUUGGCCACUAUAUGUUGGGCCAGUUCCAUCUCUUCAAGAGACAGCCUGAGCGCUCAGGACCUGACUCGGUGUACCAGUGUCCUGGCUGUGGUUUCUUGCGCGCGCCAGGCAGAGGCCUGUAGGCACCUUGGGCCCGGGACUGGGAUUUGAGGGAGGAGACCUUGGGCCUGGGGUUGGGUUUGGGGGUCUCUGCUCUGGGCGCAGCUUGGCCCACUGCACAACUUCUCCCAGGCACUGUCCUAGGCUUUCAUCCAGUCUACUAGGUUCUGGGAUCCCCCUGGAGUUGGGGCAAGCAUUGGUUCAGGUGGGGGCGGGCAGGGCUGUGCAUUGUUUCCAGUCUCUUUCAACACACUCCUUUCUCUGAGUUAAAAAAUAAAUCUUGCAUCAGCAAUUCUUGUUCCUGAUGUAGCAAAGCAUGGGUGAGUUCAGCGACCCCCAUCGGGGAGCCCCUCCCCACUGUGAUGUCCCUGGGGGUCUAGGCCCUGGGCAUCAACUCAGUUCAUUUCUCUGGGGCAGAUGGGUUUGAGCUUCUGGGGGCCUCGCCAGAGGCAGUCUGGCCGCACACACGGGUCAGGGCUGUUUCCCGAGUCCAGCCAUGUCCUGGGGUUGGUAAAAGAGGUGAAUUCACUGACCACUUGUGAGUGCCCACUGGGCACCGGAGACCUGGUAUCCCGCUGCGUGCUUAUUGGGGCCUGUGGAGCUUUUGAAGUUCCACCCAGCCUGUCUCGGGUGCCUGUGUUUAGGGUCUGGCCACAUCUGUGUUCCACACGGCCUGGAACCUGCGCCCCAGCAGGGAGGCUGAUGCAGCAGGCUGGGGGACUGCCAGCGUUUUGGUGCCGUGGUCGUCCUGGCAGCACUGGGUGACGCUUUUGGAGGAGCCGGGUCUCUGGUGCGUUGUUUCCCUGAAGUCGGUCUCCAAGAACCGGCGCCCCAGCUGUCCUGUGCUUCCUUGGCAGGUGCCAGGAGGGCAUGUGUGGUCUGGUCCUCAGGGGUGAGAGUGGGCAUGGCUAUGUGAGGACAUCACACAAGCAGCAGUUACUUGGAGGCGGGCAUGGAUGUGGCUCGGCCUGGGAAUGCCUCACCUGUUCUCUUGCCAUUGACCAUGAGGCUCCUGGGGCUGGAGGUGGGGGCCCCAGGCAAGCUGAGUGGGUCUGGAGGGCCUGGCCGAGAUGGGAUCCCAUGCUUUGGGGCGAGGAGAUCAGGCAAGGUGCAGAGCGUUUCGUGGGCUGUGUUUGGGCUGCGCCGCCUCUGAGAGGAGAGGAGACCCCUUGUGAGGGGCCUGUCACCCCCAGUCCUGUGCCAUGGGGAAGUCUCUAAAGCUCCUUGGGCCUGGGGCUGCAUCCUGAGCUGCUGUGAGGAGGAGCCAGGGGCGUCCCACACUGAGUGUUCAAGUGGUCCAGGAGAGAUUCCAGGGUUCUUCUCUGAACCCAUGUUUGAUCUUUAAGAUGCUGGCGAGGUCGUUUGGGAACAAAUCCUUGAAGUUCUCCUGUGAGCAAGAGAAAUGCUCAGGGCCUGGGUGGCUGGAGCAGAGGGGAGGCCCAUGACCGACCAGCCCAGUUCCCCAGCUGCACUCAUCUCGGGUCUCACUGAACCCCCAAAUGUGUGCAUUUUCAAAACACUCGGUAGACUUACAGGGUUUUGUGUGCGCUUUGGUGUUUGUGUUUUAUGGUGUUAAAGUUUCGUGUCAGCCAAGGACGGACCAGCAGGGCCCUCUGGCAUGUGCACGAGCCGGGGGCCAGGGUGGAGGGGAGGAGCGUGGCUUGUAGAGGAGCAGCCGCUGGCAUCAGUGUGUGGCAGGUAAAGACUGAAGUGGCGACCCCUCCUUGCUGUCACCUGUGUCCCGGCUCCUGGGCACGCCUCACAGUGUCGCUGCUCUGCGCUCCUGUCCCCUGUCCCUGCUGCGGCUGCCACAGAUGCUCGGAUGAUGCUGCACUUGUAGCCUCGUGUGCAUGAGCACUGAAUUUCGCUUUCAAAGAGCAGCUUCACAAGCUGAGGCACGCUAUGCCGCCCCGCUGCCCCGCCCCCCCAGGCUGGGGCCGGCAUCCCCCACGUCACUCACGUGUGCUUGGAUGCUUUGAAGUGAGGAGAUUGGCCCCUUUUCAUGUGGCUGCGGUUCCGUGGGCUCUUGGGAGGGCUGGGUGUGGGCUGAGCCCUGGUGGAAUGGGGACCCUCAGGGAGACCAGGCAGCGGAGGUCCUGCAGACCCAGCUUUGUUGAAGGGAGCGUGAGUCUUAUUUAGUCAGUGACCCCGAUGUCAAAAUCUGACACUCCAAGCCACAUAAGGUGUGUGUACAUGUAUUUAAAGUGCGCGCGCGCACGUGUGUGUGUGUGUGUGUGUGUGUGUGUGUGUGUGUGUGUGUAAAGAAUGGGUAAAUAAAAUUGUUGAGUCUCCUGCAUCUAUCCCAAGGCUCUGGAUGUUUUGUUGUGUUUGGGUUGUGCUUGCCCCCCCACCCCCUGCUUAUGUACCCCAACACUUCAACUGAGCUGCUCUCCCGGAGCUCAUACCAGCCGAAGCCAGUGGCCAGCUCCUGGGGCUCUGGUGUCCUGGCUCUCUCCCCCCUUCCUGGCAGACAGGGAGGACAUGCCAAGGUGCCUGGAGCUGUGUUUUUGGUGCCUGUACACAGUAAAAAAACAAUCACUUUCACCUGCACGGCCUCGCGUGGCCUGUGGCCAUCCUCCCUCGUGAAAACCUCAGGGUCUCUGAGAAUGCAGGGGCUGCGACGUGACCACCCAUGUCUGAGGAGACUGCAGUGGGGUGAAGGGGCUUGCGUCUUCUCCUGGCACAGGGCGCAGAGGGGGAGGGCACCUGUCCCAGCUGCACCCCCCCAACCCUGAGCCGCAUUAGAUGUGAGACUUGGGCCCCGGGUGCCCGCAUCAGAACCUUCAGUAACCGCAUCGCUUAUGGCCCUAGCGAGAGACACCACAAAUGCUGUCUGGGGAACACAGUGCGUGCAGGGGCUUGGGGAGAAGCUGGCUUCCGCUAUGCGGACUGACCUCGGCCUGGACGGCAGUGACUGCGCACCCGGAGCCCCCGG